AUGGCUCAAACUGAGCGCGUGGGGGAAUAUGCUGCCGCAGAAGUGCAGCAGCUACUUUACCAAAGAUACAAACACAUUCUCCAAAUAGACGAAAAAUCUCGCGAACGGCUUACCAAGUUAUCCACUGGCCUGAAGAAGGGCCUUGAUGCAGACGAUCCCUCGGUUCUUAAGUGUGUCAUAUCCAGCCACAUUACAAGAAAUUUCAACUCGAUGGCUAUUAUGAAGCUACCUUCUUUUCCGCUGCCUACACCGGAAGAAAUUACUGUUCACAAGGUUAUGGAUAGUUGCCCCUUUAAGUCAGCUAUCAGUCUUGUCAUUGGUGGUGUUUUUGGUCUCUUUACAGCAAGCAUAGAUCCUCUGAGUACGGUUACAACGUCAGAAAAUAUUACGACCAAGGCUGUUGCCAAAGAAAUGUAUGCCCGUUCAAUCUCGUAUGGGAAAAAUUUUGCAGUUAUUGGGACCUUAUUCGCAGGAACAGAAUGCGUUAUUGAAAGUUACCGAGGAAAAUCUGACCUUUUAAACAGCGCGUUGACCGGAAGUAUAGUUGGUGGAGCAAUUGGUCUUCGAGCUGGACUACAGGCUGGAUUGGCAGGAGCAGCUGGAUUCGCCGCCUUUUCCACAAUAAUCGAUUAUUAUUUUAGACACUCUUAG